AUGGUCAACGAGCUAUCAUUCAACUGCGAGGACGCGUGGCUCAACCUUUUUGUGGGCGGGGACUUAUACCCUGUUCAAGUGAAGACUUUAAUGAAUCCUGCAACAUGUGGAACAUAUUUCCGCGACGUCGUCAAGGUUUUCGACGCCGCCAUUAAGGUACGAGGAUGCCAUUGGGAGACGUCACCGAAUCAUAUCAAGUAUCGAGUGGAUAUUGAUAGGGAUGGAGUUCUAUUUCGACAUGUGCUCCAAUACCUCCGCAACGGGAAGCUAACCAGUCUUCCAGAUGACACCUUCACCCUAGAAGCCCUUGUCGCUGAAGCCGACUUCUUCGGCAUCGAAAAGUAUCGAGAGAUGCUGAAAAAGAAGCUGUGGAAGCUGACAGGCAAACGUCAGUACUACGCUUGCUAUGAGGAUUCUGAUUGA